AUUGUAGAGUUAAAGAUGAAACAUUUGGUGGUGCUAGCCUUAUUUGGAUGCCUCCUCCUGGCCUAUGCCAGUGGACAUCCCUUGGAGCCAGAGCAGCCGGCAGCACAGAAAGUGACCCUGGAGGACGUCGAUGCCCAGCCAAUCGAUGAUGGGGUUGGAGCUCGUGUUGCACGCUUCUUUGGCGGUGGUCGUCGUGGUUUCUGCUGUGGCGGUGGCGGUGGUGGAUAUCGUCGUGGUGGCUACGGCGGCCGCGGUGGUUACGGAGGUCGCGGUGGUUUCGGCGGUGGCGGCAGUGCAUCAGCCUCGGCAUCGGCUUCGGCCAGCGCCAGUUUUGGCAAAUGAAACCACAGCUCUUAACUUAAAAAAAUUAACGAAAUUAGA